AUGCUUAUUAACUCAAGAUCAGAAGUCUGGAUUGGAAAUCGCUUCAAUUUUGUUAAAAAAUGGUGCUAGUGCUUUCCAGGUUGAUCGUGGGUUAAUUUAUUAAAAUUCGUUGAAUUCAGGAAUCGAAUCUCCACUCAGCAUGUCCAUUUUUAACAAUCAUUUAGAAACGACUGAAUUAUUAGUGAAGUAUGGUGCAAGACCAUCCAUAUAUUCAUUAGAGGAUGUUCAAAUUUAUUAAAAAGACAUCAAACCCACCUCGCUUCACAAACUCCAGAUUUAACAUGGCGGUACAACCUAUAAAUCACGCUGUAAAUAAUAAUCAGUACCGUAUCUUAAUUGAAGCUGGAGCAGAUAUAAAUCCGGCAUAUCCUAAAUCGACGUGCUUACCGUUACCUAUUCAUGAUUAUAAAUGUCCAAGAACAAUUAUUGAAAGUGCAAUAAUUUUAAAUGAAGGGAAUAUUAAAAGUUAUGAAGAAAAAUUGAAUGGUGAAAAGGAAAAGGAACCAGUUUCACGGAUCAAGAACUUUUAGAUAGGCAUUCUUACUGCUGAGGCACUACGGUGAGACGAUAAAGACUCACAGAUUAGGAAAUACGCUUACCACUGUGGUAUGUGGUACUAUGCAUAUGGAUUGGAAUUCACGGAUCAGGAGAUGUUCUAACCAUUGCAGCACUACAGAUCCAGUGAAUCCCAUUUAGAGAGUAUUGACUUAUAUUUCUCCUAUUACCUCUAGCGCUAAUUU